AUGGCUACCGUCGAGAAGCAGCAAUACAACGAUGUGGCAAUCGAAUACUUGACUCUGGCCGAUGUACCACAGACCAAGCUUGAAGACGAACUGGUCAAGCUGGGCUUGGGUGACUGCGCAGGUUUCCGGGUGCUCGAUCUCGGCGGCGGCAGCGGCGGUCACGCUCGACAUGCUCUCGAAGCUGGAGCUACAUCCAUCGACGUCGUCGAUGUCAGCGAGCAAAUGCUUCAGGUGGGAAAAGACAUAGAGGCGAAGAAUGGUCGAGACGUGAUCAAUUGGUACUUGGCCGACAUCUCCAAGCCAAUAUCAAACGAUAUUUCCUCGCUGCCACAGGAAGGCUACGACAUCGUCAUGGUCAUCUGGGCGUUCGACCAUGCCACAUCGAUCAAGGAACUCGAGGGAAUGUGGCAGAAUGUUACGUUCUACCUCAAGCCUGGUGGUCGAUUCGUCGGCGUUCGUGUCGGGAACCCACGGUCCAAGAGUGCACAGAGCGGCGACUACGGUGCAAGAUUCGACAACAUCAAGGAGAUCGCAGACGGAGUCAGAUACGAUUGCGUGGUCCUUACGAAACCGCCGUUCUCUUUCGAGGCUACUUCUAUGAAGACAAGCUACACUGGAUCAUUCGAAAUACCCCAAAAAUACGGCCUGUCUGAUUUCAAAUACGUCCAAGCGGAAGAUACGGAAAUUGUGAAGAAAGACGCGGAUUACUGGAAGACAUUCCUUGAAGACCCUCACUUUGUCGCCUUCACGGCUACGAAGCUGUGA